UGACUCAUUAGUUUGUCAGUAAUGCCUGUAGAAGAGCUCAGCUAACAGCCAAGAAGUCAACUAUCCCAAGAUGUUUUAGUUACUUCUGGGAUCCAGAUUUGAACCAUCUUAAGUUGUUUGGUAUGGUGUGAUGAGAAGGGCUUCACCAUUGCUCAGUGUCCUCUGGCCCUUCUUGCUGUAAAAAAAGUGUCUCUGUGGUUCCAGGUGUUGUUCCCUUCAGCAGUCAGGAGCUCUGGCUGCUUUGCUAACAGGAGCUUUGCUUCUCCAAACUCCAUUUUGUUGCUGUGGUGCAGGUAUAAAUGAUGGUCAGUUGCUUUGCUCAGUGGAGCCUGGAUAAUGGGCCGGAAAAUGCAGAACCCUGGUCUCAUGACCGUCACUGCCAUGGUUUUGUUCAUCAGUUCAGUGUUUCAGUGGGAACACUGAGUAUAAACACUUUGAAACUUAGAGUAUAAUAAGCUUCUAUCUGUUUGUUUGCAGGGUAGAGGGAAAGACAGAUAUUUUCAGUUAAGAGCCUAUGGAGAUUAAACCCAGCUUUUUUCUGUUAGCUUAAAGUACAUAUUACACUUAGGAAUGGAGAACUAAUCCAGAAAAACUCUUCUGAUUCCCAUCCACAAGGUGGAUGGGAUCCACAAGGUGGAUGGGAAUCUCCUAAAGCCUGCAUCCUGGCUUUAGGAGAGAAGUUGCACUUGCCCUACCUGAAUGCUUUUUAUACCUUGCACUGCUUUGUUGUUAUGACUGUUCAGUGCAGAUUUUAUGCUUCACCUCAGCACUUUGGGGUUUUCAUUUGCAGCAAGAGCUUUUUAUUUGUAGCUGUAUUUGAUACUUGUGCAUGGGGGUGCAUUGACUGACUGAGCUUCCUUGAGAUAAUCCAGUUACAGGCAGCAACAGCAGGAGCUUCUCAGUUGGGCCAGAAGUCCAGCUGAGUCUGUGUACAUUGCCAUGGGACUACUGACUGGAGCAGCAGGUAAUCCUGGGAUACAGGCAACAUCCCAUCAAAAAUGAUCACAUCAUUUCAAGUACCCUGUAGCAGUCUUCAGGGUUGGAUGCAUCCCCUUCUCUGGGUGCUUAAAAGAAAAAGGUUGUUUCAUCUCAAGGAAACACCCAGUAGUGCCAAUAAAGUGGCUUCUCUGUAAUAGUCCUAGAAAGGAGAUCAAAGGAGAUAAGAUCAGACUGGAGGGAGAUAACAUCAGCUGGAAUGGUGCCAGAAUUAACAAUAAGGAAAACAAGCACAGGUGAAUUCAGUAGGUGUGAAAGUUGCUGGGCCUGUUGGGCUGGUUGGUGCUCAGUCAGCUGUGGAGAAAUACACCCAGGAGAAAGCCUGUUUGCCCCGUGGGCUCACAGAGCUCAGCUCUGCCGCUGCUACCACUGUCACCUGGAAAGCAGCAGGUACCCAUGUGCAUGAUAAACAGGUCUGGCUGAGCCCAGCACCUGCAGAACCUUUGUUGGAAAAGGAAGGGACUUCCACAAGGCUGUCUGUAUGUGGAAACGACCUUCUCUGGCACAGAAAAUGGGCCAGAAGGUCUCCCAGGAGGACAGCCAGGAGGACAAGGCUGAAACUCUGCUCAUCUGCGAAGUCUUCAGCCAGGGUGUGCUCCACGCUUCUCAGAGGCUGAAGGACUAUCUUGGUUUUGUGGAUCCUCAGAGCAAAUUCCAGCCAGCCACAAACACGCUGAGUGAGAUCUUUUUGGUCAACUUCAUCAGCUUCUGCAUGGAGAAGGGAGCAGAGGAGCUCAUGGUGACCAGCAAAAUGACCAGGCAGCAGUCCUGCCUCUUCGGGGUGGACUGGAUCUGGACUCUGUCUGGAGCUGACAAGCAGAUCGCCGUGCACGCUCUGCAGCUGGCAGAGCUUCUGUGCGGCCCCGCGGAGGAGGAGGAGGAUUGCUGCCGGGAAGCCGCGCUGGCAGACGAGUGCUUCCAAAACAUGAGCCGGUUCGGGAAGCUGGCAGAGUUCUGCCGCCUGGUGGGGCAGGACUGCCUGGGCUUGUUCGUCGCGUUCGGCGUGCCAGGGAAGCCCAAGGACAUCCGAGGAGUCCUGCUGGACAGUAUUGCCAGGGAGGAGCAGAAAUGCCGCCUGUCGGGCAGGAACGCGCUGCGGCAAUUUGUGACCGGUACUGAUAGUACCCUGCCCACGAAGGACGUGCUGGAAAACUGCCUGGGCACAAACAGCGGGCUGAGGGAGGUGGGCAACGCGUACACAGACUUUGUGUAAACAGCAGAGGCAGCACAGGCUGUGUGAGGCUCAGCUCUGCCUCCCUCUCUUUUCUCCUCACACGCCAUUCCCUCUACCUCCUUCUUCCCCACCUUCCCCCCCAACCCGUCGAAUUCCCUGAGCUCCUGCAGGAACCAAGCUGAGUCAGUCUCUCCAGGUUUUAAAGCAACCGGACAGGCCUGCCAGAAAAAAAAAUGUUUAUAGAAGGCAUGUUGUUUUUCCAGAACAUUUUGUUCACCAGACAUCGAGUCUUGGCUGGAGCUGGUGAAAGGUUUAUCAGCCAGAUCCUUAGGGAGGUCCUGGUAGAUUUGACUCACGGCCUUUGUUUGCUGUGUGGCAAAUUUUUUUCUGUACUAGGAGGGUGAGUCUGUACUAAAGAAAAUGUUCUGGUGCUGGCCAAAGUGUAGCGCUGAGUGUGAAGGACGAUACCAGGGCUCAAAAACGCUGGCUAGGAGGAGGCAGCUGGUUCCCAACUAAAAGGAAAAGUCCCUUCCAGCACUAGAAAUUGGCUCUGUGAGAAACCUGUUAAUUACCUGCCUCCUAAUUGGUGCCAAGCUCUGGAGGGCCUUAGAGCUGUGAGCAAAAAGCAGGGCUGGGCCCAGCUGCAAAGUGUUUUCUCACUGAGUGGCUGUGCCAGGGCAAGGUGUGGCAAAAGGCAGGGGCAGGUGUCAAGGGAAACUUGGAAAAAAACAAGCAGUGCGGACAAAAACCAGGCCUGAGGGAGUCUUUACUUUUUCAGAGGCAGCUCCUGACCACUCAAGCAGAGAUCAAAAAUCUGGAGGAGGCAAGAGUAUUUCACUUGGAAUUUGUUUUCAGAGGCUUAGGAGCCGAUUGUGUUUAUGGACUUGAUUUAUUCCAUUUCCCUCAGCUUUUAGUGGACUAAGUGAGGCUCUUGGAUCGUACAGUUAUAAUUACUUUCUUUCAGCCCCUGUUAACCAGUGAAGAAGGCCCUGAUCCAUUUCCAAACUGGUAAAUUCACUUUGUUUACAGCUGUCUGAAUAGUGUGGUCAGUGCAAAACUCCUCUGCCUGUAGUUUCCUUAUAAUUUCAGUCACUUUAUUUAACAGAACAAAAGGAAUUUUGAAAGCUCAUUCAUCUUUUACUAUUUCCUAUUUGAAUUUUAAGAUGGGGGUAGCUGCAAGGACUUAAGAAACACAGGCUGUUACUUGCACUGCCAUUAAAAAAGAGCCUAAAGAGGCUGAGGCAUCAGUGCCACAAGUGUUUGCAGCAUUCCAUGGCAUAGGCAAGGAGCUGAAAGGGGAACUGAAAUAAGACCAGAGAACUGUGGAAUUUCUGAUGAGUCACAAACAGAGCUGGGGAUGGAGAAUGGAGUCCUUUCAGUCCUGGAAUAACUUGCUGAGAUACAAUAGUGUCAUUGUAUUUUGUGUGUGUGGCUGGGUUUGGUGGGAUGGAGGGGACAGUUCUAGUGUGUUACACAGACAACUUGCUAUGGGGAUAUGUGCAGGGAGAACCUCCAGGAUUCAGCAGGAUUGGUCUGUUGGGUUUUUUUUUCCUGUUUAAACUAACAGAACAAUCAGUACUGGAGCAGGAUUGAUUGUUGUGUUAAAAAAAACCUGCAGAAAAGCUUUCUUUCAUGUUAAAUUAGUGUCAGUUCAGCUGUUCAGCUCUGUAGGAACACUGGAUCUGUGAAAACUGCUUGGGCUUUUGGAUGUUUUGCAUGCCUUUGAAGCACUGGAGAGGGAAGGGGAAAAUCAAAAUGCCUGUAUAGAGUUUGAACCACAUUUGGGCAGCUGCUGAUUUAUGUCCUCCAAAGGGACUCUGGUACCUCAGAGAUGUCCCUGAGGCUUGGUGUUUUAUUUUGGGAGCUGGGGUGGCUGUGCCAUACUCAGCUGGUCCAGAGCCCUGGCCAAUUCCCAGGCCCAGGUGCCUGAGCUUAAACCCACAAGGCAAACAGGCAACGAAUGGUGAAGAUGCACCACAGAGCAUUUAACCCUGUAAAUCUGACCAUUCAGCCAAGCUGGGGCCUCAGCUCAGGUGACUCAUAGCCAUGCCCGGGCUCCUGCAACUGCACAUGCUGAUGGACCAGGUAAGGUGCAGCCCCCAGCCAGUGAAAGCCCACAGGAAUUUCUGUAAUAAAUAACAUCAGGAAAAGCCAAGUGAAGGGGUUGGGUUGCUUGGUUGCUUCCACUGCUGCAAGGACUUUUGUUUCUAUGGUUGGCUCAGCUUAACAGCCUUAACUGCAAGAGAUGAUCUGGAUAGAAGUUAAUCACACUUGCAGGACUUUACUGCAGCCCCUGCCAAAAAACUGGAGGAAUACUCCUAAUUACUAAAUUGGCUCAAAGAAAAUAAUAAAAAUAAAGUAAUAUGAAAAACCAACUUCUAUCCUUGACUUGUUUAAAGGCUUUAGUACAGGGCCCUCAAGCAAAAGGGACUAUGACACAGUUUUGGUUCAUUAGAUCAUAUAAAAUCCUUCUUUUUAUUUAUUAAAAGAGCCUUAUGUUGACAAGGAGGAUGUACAAAAUAAAGGUAAAAAGAGGAGGUUGGAGUGAUAGGGAGGAAAAUGGAGACAGGUUACUCCUUGAUUCGGUAUCUAAAUACAGCAGUUUUUGACCAAGCUCAAACAAGAAGAUUAACACUUGAGUAAACAAAUCUAACUUUUUUUUUUCUCUUUUGAACCUUCAUUUUAUAGUAUUUUACAGUUUGUCUCUUACAAGGCUGAAGAUGAUGUGCUCACACACAGGUGAUUCACCUGCAAGAUACUUUAUUUCUUACACAGACAUGAAAAAAAGCCACUAGUUGAAUGAACAGAGUAAGUAAUACAAAAUAGUUGAUGCAUCAUCAGCUUGAGGGUUCUGGUUUGGUUCUUUUAAUAAGAAAACAUGAAAAAAAAAAUCUGUGCAUAUCCCACAAUGAUACAAACCAGCAGCUUCUCUCCUAUUUCUGCUUUUUGCCUUCCAUAAAAGGGACUGAAACUUAAAACUUGAGUAGUAUUUCAACUUUGGAGCAUUGUAUUAAAGAACAAGUUUCAGAAGAACAAGUCAAAAAAUGAAGACUUGAGGCAAACACUGAAUUAAUAAAACUAAUAACAGCAUUAUCUAGUUGAGGUUCCUUAAAUUAACUGUAUCUUCUCCUUUUAA